AUGGUUGAUGCCCUUGCAAAACAAACGCAGUCUCCAAAACGGCGAAGGCGCUCCUUCAAAAGGAGCAAACAAGCGGAGUUCUCGGAGGAUGCAGGGGCAUGGCGGAGUUACAUGGGUGUUGUCCUGAGCCUUGCGACAUGUAUUGAUACCCUUGCCAAUGCUUCCGCGGUCCCUUUUGUAACACUUUACAGCGCGUCUAUUCCACUGUCUCUCUGGUCCUUGACACUAGAUCAAGCGCUUUUGUUUUUCCCACAGUUAUGGAGUUCACUCGUUGCCGACCGCUUUGCUAGGCGCAUCAACGGUGUUACUGCAUACGCGACAACACUACUUGUCACAGCGAUCAGUAUCUUCGUCCGUGCAAACGCACUUCGUGACCACUCCUUGUUUUUGUAUUUGUUUGCACGUCUGAUAAACGGUUUAUUUCGUCACACUGUACUGUUCAAUGCUCUUGCUGUGCAUGAACUCUCCGGUGCAUCAAAGGGCUAUGACGCAAAGAAAGUCGUUAUAUUUAGCCUUAUCGUCGCAAUGCUUUUCGGUGGAGCUCUUGGCGACUACGUUGCGGAUGUAGCAUUUGCAACUAACAUUUUGGCAAGCAUGGAAUGUGCGGCUGCUCUCACGCUCAUCCUUCUCUCCUUCAAGUGUAAAUGUAGAUCAAAGACUGUGGCCGCUGUCCCGACAGUGAAUGCGUACAAAAAUUGGCUGAUGAAACAAAGUUCUCACUGGAUUCCUGCCUUUGCGCCUAGCACUCUUAGCGCAAGCUAUGGAUCUAUGAUCCAAUGCAUGUAUCCUUUCAUUGACCGUCAAAUCUUUCACUUGGACUAUGUUUUUAUUGGACUGCAUCUGGCAGUUGUUAUAAUCGUUCAGGCGGUUCUGGCUCCUUUUGUAGUGAAACGAUAUGGCAAAAUGAACCAGUGGAUGAUUCAUGUUUGUGCUGCAUUUCUUUCUGUGGGCGCAUGGACCAGUCCUUGGGUAACUGACAACGGUCUUGCAAUGUACUUUUGCACUACACUGCUGUUUACAGAUUUUUCCGCCGCUGUGUUGGAGUUGAUGUUUUCCUCGGUGGCGGAGGACGGUUUCAAAGCCUCAGAAAAGGCGUUUGCCUCUACACUGCACCGUCACGUUAAGCAGUCUGUGAAACAGUGGUCCCGUAUCUUCCUUGUGUCUAUUCAUACCAUGCUAAGUAAUCGUGAGGAUGCAACGCGCGUCGCAACGAUGCCUAUUGCAGUGGGCCUGGUUGCAUUCAUUUUUACGCGGCAUACGAGGGUGGCACUGGUUGUUGUUCCACUUACUGCUUGGACACUUGUGGCCUCUCCCCCCCUGAACAGCAAGGCCAUUUGA